AUGUUAUUCAUAUCGAUAACAUUCCUUUCUACUUCAAGGAUCUUGAAUGAAGAACAAAUGAAGAAGUAUAAUUUGAACUUUUUUGAUAAUGUUUAUUCAAGAUAUUGGUAUAGUUCCAAAAAAUUUAAUAUCAAUACCUUGGAUAAUGAAUCUAAGUUCAACCAGAAAGUGGAUAACAUCUUGGAGAAUAAGUUGAAACACGAUGUUGAAAACAAAUAUUGGUUAAUCAACAAGAAGAUUGAAACUAGUAAAUAUGAUAUUAACAUUCCAGGAUAUUAUUAUGAUGAAGGAGAAAAUCCUAUUUUACAACCAUUUGAUCCAAGGUUUACUUUAGCCAUCUACAUAAAUCAUUUAAACAAGCAGUUGACUGAUUAUAAGAAUGGUGUUAUUGAAGAAAUUUCAGUACCUUUCCAUUGGUAUGAUUGGGUAGAUUUAUCCAAUUUGAAUAAACAUUUAUUAGCACCCGAUGAUAUUAAGCCAACUUGUGAUAUCUUGGAUGCCAGAGAAGAUGAAGAUAGAUUGAAUAAGGAGAAGGAACAAAAGGAAGAAAAGGAAAAGCAGGAAUUGAUGGAUUAUGCUGCUUCUCAAGGUAAGGAGUUGAAAGAAGAUCCACCAGAAGAAGAUAAGAAGGAGGAAGAGAAUAAAGAAGAGAAUAAAGAAGAACAGAAGGGGGAGGAAAAGAAAGAAGGAGAACAGAAGGAGGGAGAACAGAAAGAAGGAGAACAGAAAGAAGGAGAACAGAAAGAAGGAGAACAGAAAGAAGGAGAACAGAAAGAAGACAACAAAGAAGAAAACAAAGAAGAAAACAAAGAAGAUAAGAAGGAAAAAAGAGAACUCACCAAGAGAAGAGACGCCCAUGAUCCAAAAGAAUUCUGUUUAAACAAUGAUGAACUCUCCUUAAGUCUCGAUAAUGGUAACAAGGUUAAUCCUGGAUUCAAUGUGUUCAAACCUCCAAGUAAACUUACUGUUGAUAUUGCCAUUCUUACAGGUAAAUCAUAUUUGUAUACAUUUGCUCCAAGUCCAGAUUCUAUCAUUUUCCUUGUUGAUGAUGGUUCGUAUAAUGUCACAGUAAAUAAGAGAAGAUCUAAAUUAUUAGAUAAUAAGUUGGUUGAAAAUUACAUUCAAGACGGAGGAAAGUCCACUAUCAAUUUAAGAGACGAAAUGAAAUCCUUAAGAUCAAAACAUCAACCAAAUAUCCAAAAGGUUAUCAACGAUUAUGAGAAAACUCUUAAACCAGGAAAUUUCAAAGUCGAUUUUGAUCAAAUCAUCACCAAUUAUGAAGAGAAAAUCAACAAAGGAAUUGAAUUACCAUCUAAUGAACAAAAAUACUAUGAAUCAUUGAAAUAUUCAAAACAACAAGUUGAAAAUGGUGGACCACCAAAAUAUUUCUCUGAGGCCAGAAUUUUGAAAACUGCUUUAGGUGAUCAUUAUGAUUUUAGAUUUUUCAAUGGGAUGAUUUUUGGUACUUAUGAGCAAACCUUAACAUUACAUAGAUUGGUGAGAACUUUCUUGAAUUUCUGUAGAAAGAAUGGAUUGAAUACUUGGGUUGCUCAUGGUUCAUUAUUAUCAUGGUAUUGGAAUGGGAUUGCUUUCCCUUGGGAUAAUGAUAUUGAUGUUCAAAUGCCAAUUGAAGAUUUACAUAUCUUAUCACGUGACUUCAACCAAAGUUUAAUCGUUGAAGAUGUUGAAGAUGGUUUAGGUAGAUAUUUCUUAGAUAGUGGAAGUUUCAUUACUUUAAGAAACAAAGGCAAUGGAAAGAAUAACAUUGAUGCUAGAUUCAUUGAUGUUGAUACCGGUUUAUAUAUCGAUAUCACCGGAUUAUCUGUCAGUAACCAGAAACCUAGCAACAGAUAUCUUGACAAAAUUCCAAAAGAAUGGAAUGUCGAUAACGAUAAUAAAGAUACUAAUUGGGAGAUAGUCAAUGAAAAGUUACAGGUGUACAAUUGUCGUAACAAUCAUUUUACAUUAUUCGAAGAGAUCAAUCCAUUAGUCAAGACAUUCAUUGAAGGAGAAAUGGGAUAUGUUCCUAAGAAAUAUACUGAAAUUUUGAAUGUUGAAUAUUCAAAAGGUUUAAAAGAGAAGAAAUUCAGCAGACAUGUUUUCUUACAACAAUUAAGAUUAUGGAUUUCAGAAACUGAUUUAUUUUACUUCUUAAAGGACAAACAAAAAUGGAAUGAGUAUCAUAAUUUCAAUGAAUACUACAAUAAUUUCAAAACAUCGGAUGAUUUCCAAUUUGAUGGAUCUAAUUAUGAAUUAACUGACGAACAGAGGAAACAAUUAGAAUUGGAAUCCAAAUUAAGGGAAAAAAAUGGUGAAGAAAAACUUCCUGAUAAUGAAUAUAAGACAAAUUUGAAUAAUGAAGAUACAAAUUUGAUCUUAAAUUUCUCCCAUGACGAACUCGUGGAAUUAUUGAACAAAGAUGAAAUUCUUAUGAGUUAUAUAACCACCAGAGACUUUACAUCAUUCCAUGAAGAAGAGAUUAUGAGAUUAUUAUUUGGGAAAUCAACAUCAAUUUUGGUUAGCACAGUUGAUAAGUUUAGUCCAAUGAAAGUUGAUCCAUUUAUGUUCAAAGUAUUCCAUGAUUACUGGAAUUUCGAUGACCAGGUUAAGAAUUAUGUGGAAUUGAUUAACAUUUAUAAUGAAAGUAAUUAG